UAGCCUCCAAGGGACAUUCAGGGGGAAGUGGGGGAGGGGGGCUCGCCCGAUCUGAGACCGCGCUCGCUCCCGUUGCGGGUUGCCAGAAGCGCACGCGCACAAGGGGAAAGCUUGCCCCAGGCUUGGCGGCGGCGGCGGCAGCAGCAGCUACUGUUUUGCCGAAUCUGACAGCUUCCGGACGCCAAUUCAGGCUUUCUACAGCAUGUCUGGCCCAGAAUGAUAGUAUAUGGAUAUCAUCAGUAUACUAAUGACCCUUCACUUCAAGACAACAUGGUCUCUCCCAGCGACCUCAAAUAGAUGUUAAAUUAUAUAGAAGAGAUCCCUAGUCUUGUGGCAUCCCACACAGGAGCAACCAAGGAUUCAACUUCUGUUCCUCUAUAAUUAUUGACUGCAACUGCUAAUUCAGAAUAUGAAAUUAAAUUAAGAAACUUAGAGGCAAAGGAAAACAUUUCUACGCAGACUAUACAGUUAAGCCAUGCAGUUCCCCUUCACGAUAUGGCUGUCAACUUUGUAAUAAGCUAGAAUGUAAAAGAACCUCUAUGGGCAAUACAUUCUGAAGAAACUGUUCUCUCAAAAAUUGGCCCUUCUGAAUAUCGCCAUUUGUCAUCCAGAAAGAAAUACACGAUCAGAAUUACAAAUGUCUACCACAAGACUAAAGUGUGAUGAUAUGUUAUGUUCCUUACCAUAAGCAUCCAUAAAAUGAGCUCCAUUGCAGACAGAGAUGAUGGCAGCAUUUUCGAUGGUCUCGUGGAAGAAGAUGACAAGGAUAAAGCAAAGAGAGUAUCAAGAAACAAGUCUGAAAAGAAACGCAGAGAUCAAUUUAAUAUACUCAUCAAAGAACUGGGAUCCAUGCUUCCGGGCAAUGCUCGAAAGAUGGAUAAAUCCACUGUAUUGCAGAAGAGUAUUGACUUUUUAAGGAAGCACAAAGAAAUCACUGCCCAGUCAGAUGCCAGUGAGAUACGACAGGACUGGAAACCCACAUUCCUUAGUAAUGAAGAAUUCACUCAGUUAAUGUUAGAGGCUCUUGAUGGUUUUUUUCUAGCAAUCAUGACAGAUGGAAGUAUAAUAUAUGUAUCAGAAAGUGUAACCCCCUUACUUGAACAUUUGCCAUCUGACCUUGUGGAUCAGAGUAUAUUUAAUUUUGUCCCUGAGGGGGAACAUUCAGAGGUUUAUAAAAUACUAUCUACACAUCUUUUGGAAAGUGAUUCAUUGACCCCAGAAUAUUUAAAAUCAAAAAAUCAACUGGAGUUCUGUUGCCAUAUGCUUCGAGGGACAAUAGACCCUAAAGAGCCACCUACAUAUGAAUAUGUAAAAUGCAUAGGAAACUUUAAAUCCUUGAGUAACAUGCCUAACUCUGCACAUAAUGGUUAUGAAGAAACCAUCCAACGACCUCACAGGUCUUCGUAUGAAGACAGAAUUUGCCUUGUAGCUACAGUUAGGUUAGCUACACCUCAAUUUAUUAAGGAAAUGAGCACAGUGGAAGAACCUAAUGAAGAGUUCACCUCCAGGCAUAGCUUAGAAUGGAAAUUCCUUUUCUUGGAUCACAGGGCACCACCAAUUAUAGGCUAUUUACCCUUUGAAGUAUUGGGGACAUCAGGCUAUGAUUAUUAUCAUGUGGAUGACUUGGAAAAUUUGGCAAAAUGUCAUGAGCAUUUAAUGCAGUACGGGAAAGGGAAAUCCUGCUAUUACCGAUUCCUCACAAAAGGCCAGCAGUGGAUUUGGUUGCAGACUCAUUACUAUAUCACCUACCAUCAAUGGAAUUCUAGACCGGAAUUCAUCGUAUGUACACACACAGUAGUAAGUUAUGCUGAGGUUCGAGCGGAAAGGCGGCGUGAACUUGGCAUAGAAGAAUCUCUGCCAGAGAUUAUAGCAGAGAAAAGUCAGGAUUCUGGUUCUGACAAUCAUAUAAAUACAGUGAGCCUCAAAGAAGCAUUGGAGAGGUUUGAUCACAGCCCCACACCUUCUGCCUCCUCUAGGAGUUCCAGGAAAUCUUCCCAUACGGCAGUUUCGGAUCCUUCAUCAACCCCGACAAAGAUGACAGUGGAUACCAGCACUCCUCCAAGGCAAAAUUUAUCUGCACAUGAAAAGUCUGCACAAAGGAGAGCUUCGCUUGGUAACCAGUCUUUAAAUUCACAAUCUGUCGGGCAGCCUCUGGCACAACCAAUGAUGACCCCGCCUGCAACUUUACAACUUCAGCAAGGCAUGUCUCAGCCAAUGCUUCAGUUUUCUGCUCAAUUAGGAGCUAUGCAACACUUAAAGGACCAAUUGGAACAAAGAACACGAAUGAUAGAAGCAAACAUCCACCGCCAGCAAGAAGAACUGCGAAAAAUUCAGGAACAGCUCCAGAUGGUCCAUGGGCAAGGUCUCCAGAUGUUCUUGCAGCAAUCAACUCCAGGGUUAAACUUUGGUUCUGUACAGCUAGCUUCUGGAAACGCAUCAACCAUUCAACAGAUCACACCAAUAAGCAUGCAAGGCCAGGUUGUUCAGACUAACCAGAUCCAAGGUGGCAUGAACAGUGGACAUAUUGGUUCUCAGCACAUGAUGCAGCAACAAUCUCUGCAAAGUACCACAGCACAGCAUAAUCAACAAAGCAUCCUCAGUGGGCAUAGUCAACAGACGUCUCUAAGCCCUCAAGGCCAGAACACGCUCUCAGCCCCUUUAUACAACACGAUGGUGAUUUCUCAGCCGGCUGCAGGAAAUGUAGUCCAGCUUCCUUCUACUCUACAGCAGACCAAUAACCAGAAUGCUGCCAUUACCACAUUUGCCCAGGAUAGGCAAAUCAGAUUUUCCCAAGGCCAACAGCUUGUGACAAAAUUAGUGACUGCGCCUGUAGCCUGUGGAGCAGUAAUGGUACCGAGUACCAUGUUUAUGGGGCAGGUGGUGACUGCUUAUCCGACUUUUGCCGCACAACAGCAACAACAACAGCAGCAACCACAGACAUUAUCAAUACCACAGCAACAGCAGCAGCAACAACAACAAGAACAGCAGCAACAAAGCCAACAGGAGCAACCCCAACAGCAACUUGCUACAGUUCAGCCUCCAGCUCAGGCUCAAUUGACUCAGCAUCCUCAACAGUUUUUACAGACCUCCAGGUUACUUCAUGGAAAUCAGUCGACGCAACUUAUUCUCUCUGCUGCUUUCCCACUGCAACAAAGAACUUUUGCCCAGUCCCAUCACCAGCAGCAUCCAUCUCAGUCACAGCCACCGCAAAUGCCACGACACAGAGCUGACAGCGUGACGGAGGCGUCUAAAGUGCCACCCCAAUAGUGUGGGGCUUUGUUACUGGGAGCGAGGCUGGCAGGAGAACUGCUCGGUGUGUAAUUGCAUUGGAGACGGUGAGAUCGGAGUCGACAGAUUUUUGCAAUGCACAGUAUUGAAAUUCUUUUAACCGUUGGAAUGUAUCUGCUGAAGAAAAUGGUAUGAAGCGCUGUUGGAGUUUCAGUAGGCGUAAAGCUGGCAAAGAUGAUGGGACAGGGACAUGCUGACUUUUGCCAGGAAUUUAAUUGCUCUGGUUUCUAUGUUUGGCUUUUCUUCAAAGGCCGUGAGUUAAUUUGUCCAGAUCAAAGUCAAAAUGUUCAGUGGACUAAACAAGAUACUUACAAUUAAGUUUGCUCAGAUUAAGUGUUACGAUGGACAUGCUGUUGCUACAGCUAUUUUAAGUAUGCCUGCAAUUAUGCUACAAAGCAAAGUUAAUUUUUUUCAUAUUACAGGACAGUAAAUAUUUUCAAAAUAUUGAAUGGAAUCUAUCUUCAUUGUACAGAUACUGUAAAAUACUGUGUAUAUGUCUGGUUAAAAAAAAAAGCAAGAGAGCAGGAUAUUUUAUAUGAUGCAUGGAACUUGGUUUGAAUUUUUUUCCCCAAAAUUUCACCAAUGUUCAAACUACUGUUUUCAUCGGUUUAUACCUGUUUGUCUUCUCCAUUGUGGAAUCUGUAAUCUGCAUGAUCAUUUCUUCUCAUCUGUAAUGUGGGCACAAUCUCCUGUUUGUAGUUUAUCUGUAACGUCCAGUUUGUUCCAUGAGGUGAUAGUGUGUUCUGGUUUGUGGAAUUUUUGCAAGUUAAAUUAUUGAUGAAACUCUUUGAACUGUGGGGGUUCAAGGCAUUCAAUUUCAUAAAUCCCAUUUGUCAUGUAUCAUUUCAUGAAUAUUUUUUUCUUUGAAAAAAAUAGGAAUUUGCACUGCUCUGUUUUUGAUGGUUUGGAAUUUUGAUUCCCCAAAGCUGACUUUUGAUAUAAUACAUAGUUGCAAAUAUUUAUGUAAAACAUACGGUUUAAAAUAUGAGCAUAAUUUUCACAAAUGACUCCACUAUAGGAGUAAUUUGCACAAAAUAUAUUUAAAUUUAAUAAUUGUAGGCACUUUUUAACUUCUCUGCAGUGGGAAAUGUGUUUUCGGAAUUGGUUGGAAUCUUUUUAUUCUCCUGUAAAAUGUUAACCUUCAUUUAAUCAGAGAUGAUUCAGGGUCAUUUGAAGCAGAACUAAUAAUAAAACCUCCACAGUGCCUUGAUUUUGAUUCAGGUAAUAGUGCUAAACAUACUGAAUUACAUUAUCUUGAAUUUAUGACCAUCAAUUUUAGUUCACUGACAAAACAUGCUUCCUAGCUAAGUCUCUAUUGUACAUAUAGGUAUUUUAAAAACUGUACAAAUUGAGAAUUGCAACGUUUUUAAAACGCUGCGCUCUCCUUCUCAACCGUUCAGUAAGGGGUAGCUGCGGUGUAAUUACUCUCAUUUCACAAUUUGAAAUGUUGCAUCUCACGUUUUCUAAAUUUAUGCCAAAACAUGUAUGUGAGUAACAAUAGAACUGACUUGUAAAGCAGUUUAAAUUGAGUUAUCUGGAAUGAGACAGACUACAUAAAUAAGAUAUAAAAAGAUAACAUUGUAUUGGGACUUCAGAUGACAAAUUCACAUCAUAAAGAUAAUAAAAAGAUCCAACUGAAAUUCUGUACAGAUUUAAAAAAAAUGUUUAAUAUAUUUUAUGGUACUAGUUUUAAAAUCCACAUCUGCAGAGCAAAAUAAGUUUGAAAUUGGGUAUCUAAAAGGAAAAAAAAAUAUUGGAAUGUCUGAGUCAAGAAAGAUUGGAUAAUAAAGAGGAGCUUUAUUAAUGUAACCAAAGUUAUAGUGAAAGGCGCAAAGAAUGUAGUGCUGGUUGGACAAAGCAACAUCUUGGUAGAAAAUACCAAAUGUUAUCCUAUGGUUAAUUUGGAUGCUAUUCAGGUACCAUGCAAACUGUCAGCUUAUCUUAGUUGUAAAUGUGCCCAUGUAAUCUACUGACCACUUUCUAAGUCAGGGGUUCUCAACCUUGGCAACUUUAAGACUUGUGGAUUUCAACUCCCAGAAUUCCUCAGCCAGCAAAGCUGGCUGAGGAAUUCUGGGAGUUGAAGUCCACAAGUCUUAAAAUUGCCAAGGUUGAGAACCCCUGUUCUAAGUGGUAGAUAAACUGAGAGUAACAUUUCAAUGUAAGAUUCUGCUUUCAUCUGUCUUGAGGAAAUCAGAGAAUGAAGCCAUAAUUUUGUUUAAAUGCCAUUCCUGGCUUUAUUUCUUGGUUUUUCUGGGCAACACAUGCUAGGCUGGGUGACUGCACCAGUGGAUAUGCUUGAACAUGUCUGUUACUAAGCCAGGCAGAUGGUUUAAUGCGAUACGUGAAUGGCUCCUUCAAGUUCUUUUCAUUGCUUUAGCCUUACAUGGUUCCAAUCCCCGCCCCCCCCCCCACAUGCAUUACUCAACAGUUUAAUAGCUCGUACCAUAAUCACAUUUUUAAGAUUUAUUUUUAAAGAAUCAAAGAACCAAAGAAUUGGAUUAACCCUUUUCUCUCUUGGCAAAUACUGGAAACCAGUAGGAAGUUUACUUAGGAAACUACGUAGCACUAUUACCUACAUACGUGGAAACAGUUCUGUGAAUUUAAUGGCAAAUAACUCUGUUCUACUGUAACUUGUUUGUUAUAAUGCCAGGCCUGGCUGUGUUGAACGAACAUCUUUGCAUGUAGUAAAUGAUUGUCUAUUUUGGGCUUGAAGCUAUUUAGAAUAUUAUAGCAUUAAAUAAGAAAAUUUGGAGGGCUUUGGAAUUGCUUUAUAGAUCAGGGCUUUAGUGGAGAGCAGCAGUCAUGAGCUGUUUAUUUGAUAUAGAUUUUCUUUGCCACUUUUAUUGAGAAAGAACACAACUAUCAGUAGAUGUGGCACGUAUUUGGGGAGGUUAUACAAAAGGUAAGCGGACAAAAGAAGUCGUAAGAAAGUAAAAAAAAAAAUUACUAAAGAAUUUUUUUUUGUCUACAGCACUCCAGGCAUACUUCAAUGAAACAAAAAUAUUUUCUAGAAGGUAUGUGGGCAUUUAUGUUUUAUUUUCUAGCUGACAAGAUUUUUGUCUGAAGAUCUUUUGCUUCUGUGGAGCGUCAGUGUGCCCUAAAUAGCAAGAAGAUUCAGCUUUUGCUCUUAAUGAUAGUUCUGAUGUUUCUCAAGGCUAAUUUUUAAUCUCAGAAAUCAUUUGUAAGUGCUGAGUAUUCCGCCCUCUGUAAUUUAGUAUGGCCAAAUGUCUCUGCUGGGGGAGGCAGGGGUAAUGGAGGGGGCCCACGGAGAGUUGGGGAUUCGUAUUGUGGGUAUUGCACUUAACCUAGAGCAGGGGUGGGCAACCUGGAUAGAGUCAGGGAUCACAGUGCAGCUUCCUGGCCUCUGGAGAGCUGCAGGAGCCCUCCCGCCAACUUGGAGAAACGUGUGGGCCUUUGGAGAGGGGCGUGUUUGAGUGGGACGGGGGAACAGGAGACCCCCUAGGAGGCAGGCCCACCCCGAUUCCCACGCUCAAACUCUUUGAGACCGUGCCAAAAGGCGUUCAAUUUUGCGGCCAGUUUCCGGCAGUGCAAUUUUGGCCCACUUUUCAGGGGGGUUGGGGAGUGCGAAGAAUAGGAACGGGAACGUUUUGCUUCCAUUCCCACUCUCAUUUCUUUUUGGGGGAAAAAAAAGAGGAAAAGAAAGGAAAACUUGUUUUGGCAAAACCCAGACACAUUUGCCGUCGAAUUUCAGCCGUGCAAUUGCAGGGUGCUGGGAGGUUUCAGAUGAGAUCCUGGGAGUGGCAAGAGGCCAACCACUGUGCUGAAGCAACAGUUGAGCCAGCGGCAGGAAGCCUGACGAAAGUGCUGCUGAAAAAGGAGAAGGGUAGUUUAGGUUUGUUUGUGUUUGUGGGGGUGGGAGGGGAAGGAAGACUCCACGGUGAGCUUCUGGGAAUUCUAGAGGGAAUCGUAUAAAUAUUUUUGAUAUUAUAUUUAAUAUAUAUAUACAUACAUAUAUACUAUAUUUCUACACAUAUUAAGAGAAUAUAGUCAGAGCUCUCCAUAUGCCUUCCAUUAUUUUUAUGUAGAAGUUUACUUGCUGGUGCAAUGAAUUAUUCCAGUCUGUCACAAUCUGUAGGCUUCCUGCCUUCUGCCAGCUGAUCAGGAUAAAAAUGACUGAACAUCCACACAAGUCCAAAGCUGUCAGUUAAAACUGUGUUAGUUGCUUAAGGAUCUGUUGAAAACGUAAUCCCGUUAACCACUGUGGCUCAAGUAACUGGGAUUAUGAAGCGAUGGAGUAGCCACACCUAGGGUGGGAUAUGAAAUAAUAAAAUAUUUUUAAGUGGAAAGAGUCUUGCCAAGAGACCAGCACCUAAAAUAGACACCUUAUGGUGAUGCACCUGGGUAGAUUGGCAAGUCAAAAUUUGCUUUUUCUCUGAAACUCUUUGUUUCUGCAAGUGGUGAUCACUCUCCUGUAAUACUUGAGUAUGAUAUUGAAUUAGGUAGCCUAAAAUGUGCGCAAACAUAAGCACUUUAUUGGGGGGGGUGUCACAUUUUGAAAUACAGUUUAUUUAGGCAACGGGACUGUUCACAGAAAAAAGGGGUGGGGUCGGAAUGUAGACUAUUGUCAAAAAGAGGCAUUGCUGGAAAAUGUUUCUUAACAUUUAGGCUUAAGUCUAAAUACGCGACAUGUAGUAUUGGUUGGCUUUAUAUGGAUAUACAGUAGAUAAAAUACCUAAGCUUUUUUCAGAACUGAUUUUUUUUAAAAAAAUAAAUGUUGCACAAUUGCCAGAGAAUUAUCAACGGGGGGCUUUCGUGUAAUUCUAAGUGGUCCUUAGGAUUAAAAGUGUAGAGGGUUUACAGAUGUGGCCUUUAGUAGACUGCUUCAGUCACAAGUAUAGUUUGUAUUUUUAGUGAACACCCAUUUUUGUUGUGUACGUGUGUAGGUAUGUGUGUGGGUUUUUUUUUUUUUUUAAAUGUUACUGAGUCAUGUGAUGUCAGCAUGCACGUCAAAGUCAUAAAUCGAUUGUCGGAAAUGUGUAGUUGAGAUAUGUAUGUGAUAAGACAAGGAGGCCUAGAGCAGUGUUUCUCAACCUUGACAAUUUUAAGGCAUGUGGACUUCAACUCCCAGAAUUCCACAGCCAGCAAUGCUGGCUGUGGAAUUCUGGGAGUUGAAGUCCACAUGCCUUAAAAUUGUCAAGGUUAAGAAACACUGGCCUAGAGGGAGCCGAAGUGAUGUGGAAGAGAGGACGCAGUUUCUUCUUCCCUAUCCCCCCAAGUUAAAGAAAAUUGGAGAUGUUUUCAAAUGUAUACACUUGUUCGAAGUUGAAUGUUGACCAGUCAGUGAGUGAGACAAGCUUUGAGAGACAUUUUAAAAAAAAACCCAUAAUUUGGUUGUUUAUGAAACCGAGUAGUUUAUUGAUACAUUUUUAACACUACAUUCCUCUGUCUUUAAUAAACAAAUACUUUACAGUCUAUGUUGCUACGCUUCAUGCUUUCUCAUCUGCAUGGGUAUGGCCAGCAGCAGCAUGAUAGGUCGUAUUGCUUAAAAGAUGUUGUACCUGCCAGUAACACACAAACAAAAGCAAAACGAAACACUGUGUAUGAACAAAAUACUGUGUUGCCUGAUAUACAGAUCCCAGCUCUAACUGAGGUGCUGCACUAGUAGACAAUCAAAAUCAGUGGAAGACUUUGGGGUGGGGUGGGGGGUAUGCUCUUAAAAGAUACAGCUGCUUUGAAAGUGUUUUUUAUUCUUAAAAGUAUUUAUUUUUUAAAUUGUCUAAUUGGAUACUUUUCAGUGUUGAUUUCACAUUGUCUUGGUUUUGCAUUUUUAAAAUUUGGCAUUAGAUUUGUAUAUGUAGGAAACCUGUGUGAUUUUCAUGAUCUGACAUCAGGAACUGUAGAUAUGAAUCCUUAGUGUUCACGUGAUCAUUACUAAGUGUCAGUUUUUAACUGAAUAAACAUAACAUUUGAAAUUUC